AAUGCAAAGAUAAAUAUGUAAGUACUUACUUAAGGUUAAACCUUGUCACAAAAUAAACGUACAUUCGUCAACAACAUAGUUUUUAUCCACCUAAUAGCCGGCAUAAUCAAAAAUAAUUAAUAACAUGUCAUAAUCAACAAUCGGAAGCAAUAAAAAAAUCUAAUUCAACGAAUGAAGUCCGGGCAAGGCAAGGCCAUGGCCGCGCGCGAGGAAGUUCUCAGUUCCACUAGUCCGUCACUACACGUCGCCAUCGACGCUUCUGCUACCUAAUCUGUGCGCGUUCGAAAUUCAAAUCGGAAUAUACGACGGGAUAUUUUUUUAAUUUAAUUUUUUUUCUAGUGAUGUGCCAGUGUUUUGUCGGUUUUAUAAUGACAAUUGCAACGUGUUCUGGAAAGCGUCUGUGACAAAAAUAGACGCCCACAAAUUGUUAUAAUUAAACUGUAUGUAAAUAGAGUGGAGGACAGACGUGUCGUCUGAUUCAGUGGUGUAAAUAAACGUUUUAAAAAACUAUAUAUUUUAAAGUAAAAUAAUGGUUUUUGAGGAUAGAACUAAAUAAAGUGCCUUAGUGUAAUGCAUUUUGGGAUUACAAUUAUGUGUGGAAGAAUUAUGAGGAUUUUUAUAGUUUUAUUUAUGUGUUAUUAGUGAAGUGUAGGUGCCCUAGAUGCUACAAAAGCGGUACACAAUGUUGCCAAAGCUGAAAAAAUGCUGCUGGUGCCUUUCAUUGCGGACAGGAUGUUUUCUACUGGCAAUUUUAUCUUCCCUGAUCUGCGUGCUGACCAUCACGGCUGGCGCGUGGAACCUGCCCAACUACGAGAGACCGGAGGACAACUUCAUCGCCAUGAGUGCGGUCAUGUUCUCCACGCUGUCUCUCAUCAGCAACAUCGUCAUCUUACUGGGGCUGUUACUUAAACGUCCCGGCUUCCUGCAGCUGACGAUCCUCUUCAACUCCGUCUUCAUCUUAUGCCUGUUCCUAGUGGCGCUGGUCUUAUGUCUCUUCAGCCCGAAGGCGGAACCGUACCUUAGGGAACCGCUAAACAUCGUGCUGAUCGUGUUGGCUAUAUGCGCUGGCGUGGUGUAUUCUUUCUACUACAAGAUGGUAGUCAACAGUACCUACCGUCAAAUGAAGACUUGGAACGAAAGCGCUAUUCCUGUAUAACGCAAGGGUAUUUAGGCUAUAAGUAUAAUAGGUACCUACCUCACAAUAUAAAUUAUACUUAUGUUAACGAGAAUUAAAGUGAGAGGUAUUGACUGCAUUUGUAAGGAUAUUCAAACAUUUAGAACAAUUUUAUUGCACUGGCCAAAUAUGAUCUGUAUGUCGGCGGCCGAUCGUAAGAUCAGGCAUAUCGUGAAGUUCCUAGGCAUAUCGUGAAACGAUGACCGUUGUGAAAAUCUUUGACCGUUCCCUGCGUCGAGCAGGGCUCCUAUUUCUGGACAGUUUGCCCUUUGGGCAUCUGAAGCAACCUAACGGACCUAUCCUACCUAUGUAUUGGAUUAACGUGGCUAUCGUCAAAACAUUACAUAGGAACAUUACGAUCUGCCUGAUCUUACAAUCUGCCGCCGACAUGUACAUAGACUGCCUGUCCAAGAGCGAGAUAGCAGAUAGUGGAAAGGUGAACGAGGAGUGAGAUAGAAGGAGAUUUUAUUGGUUGAUUUUUAUCUUGCUCGCCGCUCUACUUCAGUAAGCUGGAUCCAGACGUAACGUGUAAUGUAAGAUCCCGCGUAAUAUAGGGAGGGUCUGCCAUCUUGUGGCCUGGAUCUGAAACAUAUGUGCACCGCAAAAGCUACCAUCUACCGUUCUCGUAGGUACGUUUCCUUGUGCGUAGUAGGUUCUGCCAUCUUGUGGGCUCGGAAGCAUAAACGUCACGUUUACACCUCGCGCCAAAAAUCGGACUGUGACUGCUUCUAUGCUGCCUACAGUUCAUGUACGUACGCCCCCUAUAGCGUCAACGUGUGGAUGCGCUAAGAACCGACAGGCGAUGGAUCCGGCAACGCCUGCCACUCCAAGGGUCGCAUUUAUAAAGGGAGCAAGUGAUAUUGCUAUCUCAUUCUACCGCAUGGCGUCCCUUGGAGUGGCCGGAGCUGGCCCAUCGUGUAGAGGAGCCAUUACAUGUACUCGUAAUGCCGUCCACACGCAGAAUUAGUAUUACAUUACACGAUGGAUUACAUUACAUGUUACAGCCGCAUGGAGUUCUGGACCCGGCUGUAGACCCCUGGCCCACUUGCACCAUUCCACUAACCCGGGCUUAAUCGGUUAAACUUAACACAGUGUCAAAUUGUACUGGUAACCACGGUAACUCCAUGGUUUAACCGGUUAACCCCGGGUUAGUGAAUGGUGCAAGUGGCCCUGUGACCACAUAUGACGAGCCAAUGUACAUAGUUGUGCCUUUUGUACCUACAACAAUUAAUUUAUUGUACUAAGAAAUUGAGGUUGCUUAACAUUAUUUGCAAUUUAUAUUGAACCUCACUUUAGUAUAAUAUUUAAUUUAAGUAUAUAAACUUGUAUAGUGUGUUUUCAUAAAAACCCUAACGAUUACACAGUGGUUUGAUUUUAAAAAUUAUUCUAAUUCCAUGGGUUUCCAUGACAACACACUAAUAAUAUUAGUCUAAUAUCGCCAUCGGUCAAGAAAUAAACAGCGGCACAGUCGUUCAAAUCAAUGAGUUUCUCGGUAUGCAUUUACGGAAUAUCAUUUGAUAUUUACCACUAGCUUUUCAUGAUGGAAAACAUCGUGAGGAAACCUGCAUACAUACGUGAAAAAAUUCAAAGUGUAUGUGACGUUCUCGUAUUGGGCCAGCGUGGGGACUAAGUAGGUAUAGCCCAAACCCUCUCACGCACGAGAGGAGGCCUGUGCUCAGCAGUGGGACGCAUAUAGGCUGAUUUUUUUUCAUAAUUUAAAUGAACAUACUAAAUGUGCUGUAUAAUAUGUAUUUGCGUAAAAACUUAUUCUUUUUGUGAAGACGAAAAUGCAGAAAUAAUGGAUUGUAUUAAUUUUAGAAAGCUUUAUGGUGAUUGGUUCGCUAGGAAGUAUGAAUGAAACGUUUUAUUUUUUGUACGUUAAGAAUAGUUAAUUAAUUUUAAGGAAGAUAACGCUUAUUUAUAUACUGUACUUGUUAUAUUGUUACUCAAUCGAUAUAUAUUUAUGAAAUAUAGGAAAUAAAAUUGUUUUUAAUAUCAAUUCUUUGCUUUUAGAACCAACUAUUUAUAUAGUGCCUGAAAUUUAAAAACCAAUAAAAUCCGGUUUGAAAUUACUUUAUUUGCUUAUUAUAUUAUAUUAUAUUAUCUUAUCUAAUAAAAGACCAUCUUAUAAUAACAUGUCUAACUCUGUAUAUAUAAUUGAUGUUUCUUUUGGUAUGUUCCCAUUUGUCUCCGCCUGGUACCUAUAGCUGCGGUCACGUCAGGCGGGGACAAAUAGGAAUUCAUCUUUUUUAUAUCCCAGACACUAAAAUGUCAGUUCGAUUAUCGUAUGAAUUAUCUCAGGUGAUUUUUUCGGGCUCGGACCCUAAUCUGUUAAACAAAAGAUAUGGUUUCCUUUAUGCAGUUGGUUACCUAAAAUGUUUACUGCUAAUAGCCCCGACGUAAGUAACGGGAACAAGCCCGUUUAAAAAGCAAAUUUACCGUUCUAAUUGUAUGGUUCAGAUUCAUGAAACAGCCAAUUCGGAGAUAACACGUUUUUGUUAUCUCCAGAAACAAGACCACCCUGAUUGUUCUCUGAACAAGCUAUCAUAUGAAUUUGAACCUUAAUACUAUCACGAUAGUUUCUUUUUAAACGACAUGGUUGCUUUGGCACGUGCUGUAGACCGCUCUUAAAAGAAACAAAGACUUUGUUGUUUAACGGAUUAGCACCCGAACUCGAAAAAAUCACCUGAGAUAAUUCAUACUAUAGCUAAUACGCUUCCAACCUUAAAGAGCGCAUUCCCAUAUUAAAUAUGGACAAUACACUUGCAACUCUUCUCGUGUUGCAGGUGUCCAUGAUUGGUGUUAUAGUCUGGUAUUGUCUAUAAAAAAAUUGACUAGCCAAUCAACUGGCAUUUGUACCAAAGAAAAGGACGCUUAGCACGAGGCAUUUCGUACACUGACCCUCCUGUUCCUGCCGGCCAGCCAAGGUUACAAUCUUGCUUCGACAACGAAAAGCAUUAUGUUUCUCUAUCACUUUUCCUUAUGGAAUGUCUUUAAAAUAAUAGGUCAGUUUUAGUAUUUGGGAUAUAAAAAGUAGAAUAUUUAGAACAAAUACGCAUUU